AUGGAUAGAACUUUAUUUGAGUUUCUAGAUGCCCAAGUUGCAGAGGGCAACAAGUCCCAAAGUGGAUUCAAGGAUGCAACAUAUGUGCAAGCAGCGCAUAUUAUUAAUCCUACCCAUGGAUUGAGUGUCAACAAAGAGAAUAUUCGAAAUAGAGUAAAGAGUAUAAAGAAGGUCUAUAGGACCCUCUAUGCUAUCGUCAACACUAGUGGGUUUGGCUGGAAUUCUGAACUCAAGCAGCUGACAUACCAUGAAGAUAACAUGUGGAACUCCUACAUAUUAGAGCACCCUAAAGCCAAGUACUACAAAAAUAAGAAAUUUGAGUUCUUUGAUAUUUGGGAGAACAUUUUUGGUGCGGACUUCACAACUAGGAUCUUUAUAAUCGCCAGGGAAGGGACCCAUCAGAUUGAAGAUAUGAAUGAAGAUCAGCCAAAUAAAGAAGCAAAGGGGCCAAUGGAUCAAGAGUUGCCUAGAAGGAACUAA